CAGUAGACACGCGACGGGCGCGCCAACCGCCGCGCGCGCACGCUCGAGUGAUGACAGUUGGUUGGUGGUGAGCCUCCAGUGGUCUGUGCAGUGUGAGAAUGGUAGCGAUGGUGGCCUCGGCGUCUGGAUACGGCACUUUGCGCCGGUUUCUAAGCGCCCCCGAUGGCCAGGAUAUCGAGAAUGCCGGUGUUGUUCCGAGCGCCUCAGUCGCGGUCUCGUCAAAGCAGCGAGCGUCGAUUAAAUGGCUGUUGUCGAAGGCAUUCAACAACCGGGUACCGGAGAAUCUCCUAGAGCCAUUCUACAGAGACCACGAGGAGCAAGAGCACUUAAAGCCGCCCAUAGUCGGUGGCUUGGCCAACGCGGAGCUGUACUGCCUCGCGUUGGCCAACAUGUACUCCGACCCCAACUACCACAGUCUGAACCACUGGAACAUCCUGCAGACGCUGGCGAGGAAGGGCGUGCAGGUGCCAGACCCGCCCGACUGCGCGCUCACCGAGACUGUGCUCAUACAGACCAACCCGCUUAAAAUGAGCGCGCAUUUAGCUGUGAUAGAGGCUGUGAUGGCGCUGUACGCGCGCGAGGUGGUGACGCUGGACCGCGUGUCGGCCGCGGCGCAGCGGUUCGGCACCUCGCAGCCGCUGCCCGUCGGCUCCACCAUACCGCACGAGGACGGCCUGCUGUGCUGGAUCAACGCGGCCUGCGCUGCGCUCAACAAGGCUGAGGAGAACACAUCGGCGCACGUGCCCAUGGUGAAGAGUCUCCAGGAGCUGUGCGACGGGACCGCUCUGGCCGCGCUCAUCUCGUUCUACUGCCCCGAAGACUUGCCGCGGUCGGCGGUGCGCGUCGGGCGGAUGGCCUCCAUACAAGACUGCCUACAAAACUUAAUGCUGGUGUACGACUUCUGCCAGAACAGUUUGCCCCACAACGUGUUCCAUAUGCUGCCAGAGGAUGUCACUUACAUGCGGGGGUCAAUGAGGCAAAACUUAAUAGCAAUGCUAGCGGAUCUGUUCAACAUGUUAGAAGUUCAUCCAAUCAAAUCAGUAAAAUAUCCAGGAAGUGCGAGCGCGGGCGCGGACAGCAACGCGCACGGCGUGCGGCACAGGCGCUGCCUGCCGCCGCCGCCGCCCGCGCCCAUCCCCGACCUGCGCGCCGAGCCGUGGCCCGCGACGCUGCCCGCGCACCUCGCGCAGCAGCCGCCCUUCGCAGUGUCCCGCUCACCAUCGGCGUGCGGCAUGCGGGCACGCGGGCCCGCCAGCCGCUCGUCGUGCUCUACGCCGGAGCGCCGCAGCUGCAGCCCGCAACGCGACGAGUUCGUGGUGCACAGUCGGAAGGCCAUCACCACGCUGUCGGCUAUGGCGAGGCGGGACGAAGAUAGCAUGUUUUCGGAGCAAGUGACGGCGGCGGGGCGGCCGUCCAACUGGGCGGAGUCCCGGGAGAGCAGCUUCGCGGGGCGGCGCUCCCGGCGUUCCUCCAUCACGGACGACAGCCAGCUCACCGUGGAGAACUUCGGCGGCUCGCAGGACCGCCUGCACUUCGCCGGCAGGAACCCGGAGAAGGAGCUCGCCACACUAGCCAAUGUUAGGAAGAUAUCUGCACCCGCGGGUCCGCUAGAGCUGAACCCUCCGCUGCGCUCGUCGCGGCAAGACAUCCGGGGCUCCAUCCAGUUCAUCCACGGCGACUACCAGAACGGUGCGGACGAGCGGCGCAUGGAGCGGCAGCAGUCACAGCCGCAGCCGCAGCCGCAGCCCGCCGAGCAGCAGCCGCAUCAGCCCAUCAAGCGCCAGCUCAGCAGCGACACCAUCACGCUCUCACACAACUUCGGCUUCAACUAUAAAGGCGGCGGGGACGGAUUCUACCUGAACGAACGCGACGCGCCCGACGGUGACGUCACCAAGACGAGUUUCGCUGACCUCACUAAGAUUAGGAGUAAUGGUGACCAAUUAGGCGCGAACGAGGUGGACAGGCGGAAAACGUCCUUCUCAACGCCGCCCGCCAACACCACCACGUGGCAACAACUUCUGCAGCUCGAACACCAGCCUAACGGCGACGAUGCAACAGAAGACGCGGUGACGUCACCCACCGGCGGGCAAGCGAUGGCCGUUCAACUGAACAACAUCCGGCUGAAGCUCGAGGAGAAGAGGCGCCGCAUCGAGCAGGACAAGAGGCGGAUGGAGCUCGCCGUCAACAGGCAACGGCAGCAGUUGGGUCAGCAGGCCUUCCUGCAGGCUGUCACCAGGGGCAAGGGCGCGCGCACUCCGGUGGACACCGCGCCCGCGGAUCCGAUGCAGGAAAUGUCGGUGGAAGCCAAUCAGAGUGCCGAAAACGCCGCGCUGGAGCAAUAUCAACAAUCGAUUGUCAAAAUGAACUCCAGCCUGCAGGAUAUACAGAGCGACAUCGCGCGGCUAGCCAGCCAACAGAACCAGCUGCAGCAGCAACAGCAGCAGCAGCAUCAGCAGCAGCAGCAACAACAGCAGCAGCAACUGCAACAGCAAUUGCAGCAACAACAGCAGCAACUGCAACAACAACAACAGCAAUUGCUGCAAGCGCAGCAGCAUGCGAAACAGAUGUUGCAGCAAGCCCAGCAACCCCAGUCUCCCUAUCAACAGUUUCAACAAAACAUUCCACAAUUGCACAGCCAAUUCAGCUCACAGCACAAUGUGUCGCGCUCGCCGAACGCGUUCGGCUCCACGCCGCACAUCGCUCGCGAUCUGUUCGAGAGCGCGAACGCGCCGAGCCCGCAGACCUUCCAGCACCAGUUUAGGGAGAUGGACCCGGAGUUCGCGCGCCAGCAGUUCUACCUGCACGACAGCCCCGCGCCGCCGCAGAGGCGCACGUGGGCGCAGCACGCGCAAAUGCAGCAGGAGAAUGUCGAGCUGAGGGGCUGGCAGCUACACCAACAAAAUCACCAACAGUCGCCGUACCAGCCUCAGCAACUCGAGCCCGUGCAGCGAACAUGGAAGUCUCCGUCGCCGCAACCUCAACCUCAACCGCAACCUCCGCCCGAGCGAACGUGGACGCCGCAGGGCUUCACGUUACACGAGCGCACCGCGCCGCCCACCUUCCCCGUACACUACACCGACAGGUACCAGAACGGUACAGAGAACUCGCGCGAAACCCAAAACCACCUCAGCUACACUGUGAUAACCCCCAACCAAUACCCCAUAGCGUCCCAAUCGCCGCCCACACAGAGUCCGCGGCGGUCGAAAACGCCCCAACGGCAGGGCUCCUUACCCGAAGUGAAGAGACUCGAACCAGUUGGAUUACAUCAGUUGCACAGUCCCGCGCCGCCCGACGACAUGGAACCCCAAAAUAUAUCUUUCAUAGGCAACGCGGAAGACGAUGCGCUAAGACAAGGCAUCAACAGACUGAACAUCUCCUCCGGCACGCGGACGUAUCGCAUCCCGUCGCCGACUCGACCUUCCCUAGGCAGAAACUCCUUCCAAAGACUCGAACAACGCGAGGAACCCAACGAGAAAGGGUUCUACAUAUCGUUCGACAACGAACAGCCGAAAAGACCUAAACCUCCGUUACGAGCGAAACGGGGUUCCCCGAGGAAAGAGCGAGCGGAUUACUCGAGCCCGGAGCGAAGUCCUGAGAGCACGUGGAGCGAGCGCGUGCCCGAGGAGCGCACGGAGGCGCCGCGGGCGGAAGUCCGGAGACAGUCGCCGCCUCGGGAACGACCGAGGCCGCCCAGUGCGGAGCCCGCUGCCCUUGUUAUUGGCGAAUUAAAUCCGGACCCAAACUCUGUAGAAGAAAUGGAACGCAAGAAAGAACGCAUUAUGCUCAUGUCCUUGCAACGACGGCAGAGAGCCGACGAGGAGCGAGCGCGCGCCGAGGCGGCCGCGGCGGCGAGGAAGGCCAGGGACGAAGCCGAAGCGGAGAUGAAGGCCGCGAGGAAAGAGGAGCAAGCCAGAAGAAGACAGGCCAUUCUUCACCAGUACAAGCUAAAGAAGGCCAUGGAAGAAGCCGAGAGAGAGGGCAAAACGUUAGACAAAACGGAAUACCUGGAGCUACUAAAGUUUGGGGGUGGAGCGCCACCGACGCCAGCGCCGGCGGGGGGCGGAGCACGGUUGCGGGGCAAAGUCCCCGCAAGAGCGCGCCCCAAAACCAUUCACGUGGACAGCGGAGCGCUACAGGCGGCCGAGGGCAUGCUCGGCAGCAAACAGCCUUCCUCUACCAACCUCACAGGCGGCACCAUGCGGCGCGACUACUACCGCGGCUCGCAGGACAACCUCGCCGAGCGCGCUGCUAUGUAUAGAGAUUCGCCAGUGGAAGAUCGAGGAGGUAUGUCGCCCAGCAGCGCGUCGAGUGGCGCGCUCGGGCGGCGCGGCUCCUGCAAGACGUCACGAGAGCGCGUGAAUGAUGAACCACAGUCGACACGUGGAAGGUCUAAAUAUUCCACUUACCAGAGUAACUUUAAGGCGGGGAGGAAAUCUAGCUCUCUUAUGAACUUGUGCGACUCGGGGCUGGGUCGCGCGACGCCGCCGCGCCGCGCUGCGUCGCCCGGACUGCGCGCGCUCGCGUCGCCCGCGUCCGGGCCCGGCUCGCUGCCCGGCGCCAUCGGCAAGCGGCGCAACCACGACGACAACUCCGACGUGUCCUCCACGCACUCCUCCAUCAUGGACUACUCCGGUCCUCGGUUAUACAAGCAGCCGACGACCAAGUCCAACAGGGGUAUAAUGCUGAACGCGGUGGAGUACUGCGUAUUUCCCGGCGCGGUCAACGCGGAGGCGAAGCGGCGCGUGCUGGAGGAGAUCGCGCGCUCCGAGAGCAAGCACUUCCUGGUGCUGUUCAGAGACGCGGGCUGUCAGUUCCGCGCGCUGUACAGUUACUGCCCCGACAGCGAUACGGUCGCCAAGCUGUACGGCACCGGGCCCAAGCAUGUCAAUGAUCGCAUGUUCGACAAGUUCUUUAAAUAUAACUCGGGCAGCAAAUGCUUCUCUCAAGUACACACCAAGCACCUCACGGUGACCAUCGACGCGUUCACGAUACACAACUCGCUGUGGCAGGGCAAGAAGGUGCAGCUCCCGAGCAAGAAGGACAUGGCGCUGGUCAUCUAGAGCCGUGACGUCACCGCGCGCGUGACGUCAUCAUCCGGCGAGUCGGAGCGUCGGUCGGAUGACGUAAUUAAUAUUUAAAUAAAGAAUCCACGUUGUCUAGUCGCCGGCGGCAGUCGAGUCAAGCCUUGUUACUCUUCAGUUGAGCCGCUUCGGUAGCGAGCGCAAGUGUUUUAAUAUCGGUUAGUGCGUUUCGAGGCGCGAGUCGCCGUCUUGUGUACGUUCUGGUUGUUGGCUGCAUUUAAAUUAGUCUUAAUGACGGCGGGAGUUGGGAGCGCGAAUUUGACGCGAAACGGUCAGCGAACGUCGACCAGAGUGAUUCGCCGCGCGAAUUUCGCGAAAGUUCUAGACGUGUUGUUCCGUUUGGACUGUGUCAUAUUGUACAGUAGGGUAUUGGAGAGUCGGAAACUCGAAUCCGGUCGGGCGACGCGCGCCGGCCGCCUCACUAGACACUUUAUCUAUCUUAAUAUUUUAUUAGCUUCAUAUUUAGAGGCGUCGUUUAUCGAUUUUAACGUGUUUUAGCGUAAUCAUUGCUUAAGUGGACCGCAUUGGCUUUAAUAAACGUAUGUUUAAAUAUGCGUAGAGUGCUCUAGUUGGGUUGCCGGCGGUACGGCGAAUGCUUUCCGUAUGGUCAGAGGGUGACCUUGUUUGUGAUUCACUUGAAGCUAUCACUAUUUUUUUUUUUACAUUGCGGCUAUUUUGAAAGUGAUUCGUAAAAUCACAGCGUAAUCGCGAGUUACAUGAUUUUCUUGUUAUUAAAAAAAAUAUGUGAUAUUCGCUUGCGAAACGUAUGAAAAUGACAUCAACAAUUAUAUUGUAAUACAAUUUCAAUGUUAUAUUGGCUUAUACGAUCGUUUGAAAUUAUGUUUUUUUUUUUUUAUUCAGUAGUGGGCCAGUCGUUUAGUACUGUUUGACACACUCGUGUACUGGAAUGAGCAAUACAAUACAUUCGAUUUAAUUUAGUGAUUAUAUUAACCUUUAUAUUGUGGUGUGAAUUUCUUUGUACACAAAUCUUGAACUAUAUUACAUUUACAAAUUUUACUGAAUGAAGAAUCACAUAAAACAUCUUCAUCUUUUUUAGAAAAGAAAUAAAAAAAGCGUAUAAUGGAAUACAAGUAGUUUAUAAUACAUGUUAAAAUAUUCAAUACUCAAUACGACUGAAUAGGUAAUAUGAUCAUGAAUUUUUGUCCCCUGUGAAUGAGUUUACAAUUUAGACCAAGAUUAGUGUACAAAUGAAUCAACAUUUUAAUGUACAUGGUGACUAUUUUUGGUGUUCUAACGGCGGUCAUGUUAAAAAUAUCCAAUUUCUCAUUAUUCCUCGGUAAAUUAAAAAAAAUGUGAUACAAAAUUGUAUUUAUGUUGAAUGUUUUUUUCUAUAAACGCCAAUGUAAUCUACAAAAAAUCUCUCUCUCUCUUGUCAUAAAAUUUUAUUAAUUUAUUUAAAAAUAUUAUUAUGUGCAUAUUCAACAAUAUGUACGUAAUUGGAUCGAAUAUAAAAAUGAUUUUUAUUUUUUAUUUACUUUUUUUUAAUGUCAAGGGAUAAUAAUUAUAUUUAAAAGGGAUCGCUGCUAUGAGACUAUAAAAUAAUCAUUACGUAUGCUUGUGUUAGUGAUACUUGAUCGGUACACUACACAUUUUACUACAAUAACACACUGUGUCUAUUAAUUAUUUUUACAAUCGACUACUUAAUUUGACUUGAAAGUAUCCUCAUUUUAGUUGGUAAGUCUAAUUUUAAUAUUUCUAGUCUAAUAUUUUAAUAAACGAUAUACGACAUUCUUGUACACGAGUGUGUGUAUUUGGGUAUGUGUAUGUGUGUGUUGUCGACGCGAAAGGGUCCGUGUGUUUGCCAUAUGUGUUAGUGAGAUGGUCGAUACGUUCCAUUAUUUUGUCUCAAACUUUGUGACGAACGCCGUUCGGAGCGUUUGUCGACUCGCGCGGUCGCGAUGAGCUCGGUUUUGACGUUUGCGUUUUAUAUUCACUGCCAUUUUUCAUUAUAAUACUCAAUACUCACUAUUUUAUUAUACUAGAUGAUGUUUCAAAACUUAAUUAAGUAUUUAUAUUGUUCGGGGGCUGUUUACCUUACUAAACAGGGGGGUAAAUUAUAAAAGUCUAAUAAGGAUCAACGCAGACCGAGCGAUUAGCUACUAACUGCACCCUUGACGAUAUUUUAUGUGUGAUUAUUUUAAUUAUCAAUCCUUACAGUAAAGUUGCAAAUAACACGUAAACAGUACUGUAACGCAAGUAUCUAUCUGCUAAGGAACUCAUAAAUAUUAACCUACUAGAAUUAUUUAGCCGCUGUGUUGAUGAAAUACCUACAAUGAGCUUUUCAAGUAGGCAAGCACUUAAGACUGCCCUGCAUAUUUACUUGUUUUUUUAACAAAGAGAAAGUUUUUUUUAAAAUAGGGCAUAGGCUAACUGACACUGUCGUUUUAUUUAUCAUUUUCAUCAUAUUAUAUUUUGCUUAUUUCGUGUUGUAUCUAUAAAUAUUUUUUUCUUUCUAUCUAAAUGUAUAUUUUAAUGAACAGUUUUUUUUAUUAUUUAUUUGUUGGAAAUUCAGACGGCAUUUUACGAAAGGUCUGCGUUUACCCUUACUGGCACUUUGAACUCAGCGCUGGAUACGCGACAAACGUCAAAAUAUUGUCGACCGCGCGCGCCGACGGACGUCGCGAGCCUCGUCCUUAUCUCGUAAGAAUUAAUAACAAAUUCACAAAACUAAUCUUUGCUUACUCGUAAUGUAUAACUUUUUAGUAAUUAUUUCAAUUGACUGGAGUUUAUGAUUAAGUAUUUUGUUACAUUUGACCUUCAUUUAAGUUGAUUCAGAUCCCAAUGUUUUACCGCUUGUAUAGCUAAAGUAAGACAAGGCACACUUUACGUGGUAAUUGUACUGCCUUACUCUGUAAAUAAUUGUUUUCUUUUUGUAUACAGCUAUUUAUUAAAACGAUGUUAAAACGAAAAAUUGAUGGAUAUCAUUUUUCAUUGUUCAAUGAUUGGUCAUCAAUUAUAUACUACCGAAUAGUGAAUGGUAUGCAAAUAUAUUGUAUUAUUAAAAAGCAUAACGAAAUAAUAUUGAAUUUCAUAUUAA